AUGGUAGAGACGCACCAGACCUCGUUUAUUCUUUGUGGAACCAGUAGUUUUUGCCAGUCUCGGUCGACAAAUAGGUGUCAACGACACCACAUAGUCUCCCGUUCGGCUUGCGGGCGCGUCCAGGUGCCACGAGUGCGCCUCUGGGCCGAGCAGCGCGACCUGCCCGCAGGGGCUGGCCCUGGACGAGCGCCUGCAUCCGGUGCAGCUCGUGCGAAAGGCAGCGAACCGCCGCCUGAGAAUGAGCCGCAACCGGUUCAAAGAGGGACGGCCAGGUCGUUCGAGAACUUGGAACGCACAGCUGAUAGGGCGUUUUCCACAAACGUUAGUGCCCACAACGACUCUGACCAAGUGACAGACUCGACCUCAAGUGAAUUAGACGACGGUCUCGUGCGUCCGGACGAUCCGUCGUUUCUGCGAACGGAACUUGAACGGCGUCGAAACCAGCCUGUUCGGACGAUUGCCGAACGGCGGCGGUUAUGGCGAGAGACGCAGCGAAGACGCGCUACCACGGAGGAACAGCGGGCGCUCCGGGAAGCAUUCGAAACGGAACAGGGCCUGCCGCCCGACAUUAAUGUCGAGCAACUCGAGUCUGUUCCACUUGUUCGUGAGUCUCUGAGUGGACGUGAACGCGGCGAAGACUACUGGCUGGAUUUAAGCGAGUUGACUCGGCAACCGGGCGAAAUCCGCAUGCAUGAGCGUCCACGACUUGCGCUUCUGAGUGAAAUUUUGGCUGGCCGAUGGCGAACACUCGGCCAGAAAAACAAUGCGAACAAUCAAAUGUCCGUUAUGGAGGAGGAACUCGAGUGGCGGCGACUCUUGCAGGAGUUAAAACGAUCCGAUCGAGUUUCGAUGCAGUUCCAAGAGCUGACGGAGGAGGUGCCCAUGUUACCAGGCGAGAGCGUCGAGGAGGCACUUAGCAGAAGUCGCCUCGCAAGCGACCAGGCUGUGGUGCGAUCUCCAUCGGCGGCGAAUGAUUCCGACGAACUAGAUUUGGCGAUGCUGUUUCAGCUCAAGGAGCUGGAACCUGUUUUUUCUCGUAUUACAACGAGCGUAGAGCGACGGGGAUCGAGUUCAGUGCUCGUAAUCCGCCGUUACGUUCCGCGUAUUUCAGCAAGAGUCUUAGAGCUGCGGGAUCGGCGACUUCGACGUAAGCUGCGCCAAGAACAAGGUCGACUCUCAGCGCGAAUGCAGAAUCGCGUACGGGCCGAACUUGUACUGCCGUACUCCCAGAAUUGGAUAGCGCUGAUGGUCGUCCUUAUCGGAAUUCUUGCGCUCUUAACGUGGCGCUUUGGUCAGUCGGGCCCAGUAAUAGAGUUACCCGACUUGUAA